UCUGAAAUGCACCUUUUUUUUUAUAUAUAUAUAUCAUGUAGCUAGCCAACAAAACGGUGUAUGUAUAACCGUACAUUUCUCAGUCUUGUAUAAAUUAUUCGCCUAAUAAAAAAAAAAACGCGAAACAUUCUUACAAAGACGAUAAAUGCGUUAAAGCGGAAGAGAUUCAGGUGACUGUUUGUUUACAUGUUUACAUGUCUGCGCCUGUAACGCGAGCUUGUUUGUUACAUUUUAUGUUUGCUCACGUAGCUACGUAAGUUUCGUUUUCGACACAUAAGAAGAUAAAUAUGUAAACUGGCUUCAUUCUUAUAUUUAAACGUUUAUCGCUGAAAAAAAAAACGACGUCAUGUUCCGGUGGAUUCUUGGGGGUCGAGAGGCUCAGGGUUCAGUGGAGAAAAGCCCCGUGUUGUGCAUCGGAGAGGAACAGCCCAAAAACUGGUUCACUGAGCUGCAGGUGCUGAAAGGACAUUUUGACAUUGUUCGAUUUCUGGUGCAGAUUGAUGACUUCAGGUGUGCCUCGGCAGGGGACGACGGCCUCGUUCUGGUGUGGAAUGUCGAGACCGGAGAGCGGCUGCAGGAGCUGAGAGGCCAUUCCCAGCAAAUCACCGCCAUGACCACCUUCACCUGUAAUAACGGAGCCCUGCCGCACACGUCGCUCAUCACGGCCUCCUCGGACAAGAGUCUCAGCCUGUGGGAUCCCGAUACUGGGAACAGGGUUCAGACCAUUUCAGACCUGCAGUCCUCUGUGAAGUGUCUGCUGGUGCUGGAGCGGCUGUGUGUGUGGGUCUCUGGCGGCGGCGAGCUGUGUGUGUGGAGCAAAGACUUCCAGCUGCAGUGUCAGAGACAGAACCACAGCGACACAGGAGUAACUGCUUUGAUUGAGCUGCCGAAGAACUGCAUCGCUGCUGCUAUGGAUAAAGAGAUCGUGAUCUACAGGCUGACGGUCUCGACUGAUUCCUCUCUGUCCAUGUCUGAGAUCCGCUGCCUGUCCGACCACCAGGACCAGGUCCGAGCUCUGAUCAAUAUCAACGACGGCCUCUUUGCCAGCGGCUCUCACGCGGGCGAGCUGAUCUUAUGGGACGCGGUCGAUUGGAACAUCCUGGCCUACGAGCACAUCCUGUGGGAGGAGUCACAGACCCCCUCCCCUCAGACUGAAAUACGCAUAGGCGCUCCUAAACCCAGUGAGAUGUCCAUUCAGCACCUGACCACCAACGGCAAGCUCAUCUUGGCAGCAGUGGGCAGUGGCCUGUAUGUGUACAGCGUUCAGACAAAGACAGUGGUGGCCUACAGGAAGGUGGCACAUGACUCGAAUGUUUUACACACCAUGCUGUUAUCUGACAGCGAGCUCAUGUCGUGCUCUGAAGACGGCAGCGUGAGGAUGUGGGAGAUCCAGGACCUCCCUUUACCUGCAGAACCAACCUCUCCAGGCUUCUUUGGGAUGUGGACUUUCGGCCGAUCGAACAAACACAGCGGCCCUCCUUCAAAGAAACCCGCAGACGUCCCUCACGUCAGGACACUGGAGCUGACGGGGGAUCUGAUCGGACACUCGGGGGCGGUGCAGACGUUCGUGAGCUUCAAGGAGAACGGAUUGGUCACGUGUUCGACGGACCACCUGCUGAUUCUGUGGAAGAACGGCGAGAGGCAGUCCCACCUGCGCAGCCUGGCGCUUUUUCAAAAACUGGAGGAGAACGGAGGACUCUGACUCGUCGUUUGAGUCGUCUAAUUUGUAAAAAAAAAUGUGCUGCCUUAAGAACAAAGGAGAGAUGUGAAGUUGUGGUGUUGAUGUUGUUGAAAACACGAUUUUGAAUUUGACUGUAAUGAUCGUCGUCUGCACGCCACGAUAAUGUGAUGGUUGUUGUUUUUGCCUUAUGACUGAAAAAAACAAGUGUUAAACUCAAGUAAAUACCUCAUCUCAGAAA